CGCGACUGCGCUGCGGGAGCCGGAGCGGAGCCAGAGACCCGGUCGAAGCUGGGUUGGAAAUCAGCCGUACCCAGAGGCUUGCAGACUGGAAAAGCGUUCCUCACCCUCUGGCAGCUUCACCAUGAUUCAUAGUCUUUUCCUGAUCAACUCCUCUGGAGACAUUUUCCUGGAGAAACACUGGAAAAGCGUGGUCAGCCGUUCUGUUUGCGACUACUUUUUCGAGGCCCAAGAGAGAGCUACCGAGGCAGAAAACGUGCCUCCAGUGAUCCCGACCCCUCACCACUACCUCCUGAGUGUUUACCGACACAAGAUCUUUUUCGUGGCCGUGAUUCAGACGGAAGUCCCGCCUCUAUUUGUCAUUGAAUUCCUUCACCGAGUCGUGGACACGUUUCAGGACUAUUUUGGAGUCUGUUCAGAGCCGGUGAUCAAAGACAAUGUGGUUGUGGUCUACGAGGUGUUGGAAGAGAUGCUGGACAAUGGGUUCCCCUUGGCUACAGAGUCAAACAUCCUCAAAGAACUGAUAAAGCCUCCCACCAUCCUCCGCACAGUGGUCAACACCAUCACAGGAAGCACCAACGUGGGGGACCAGCUCCCAACUGGGCAGCUGUCCGUGGUGCCUUGGCGACGGACCGGGGUGAAAUAUACCAACAACGAGGCCUAUUUCGAUGUGGUAGAAGAGAUAGAUGCCAUCAUUGACAAGUCAGGUUCCACAGUCACGGCUGAGAUUCAGGGGGUGAUUGAUGCCUGCGUUAAGCUGACUGGCAUGCCAGACCUCACCCUGUCCUUCAUGAACCCCAGGUUGCUGGACGAUGUUAGCUUCCAUCCCUGUGUCCGUUUCAAGCGCUGGGAAUCUGAGCGCAUCCUCUCCUUCAUCCCUCCUGACGGCAACUUUCGCCUGCUCUCCUACCACGUCAGUGCGCAGAACCUAGUUGCGAUUCCAGUCUAUGUCAAACAUAGCAUCAGCUUCCGGGACAGUAGUUCACUUGGACGCUUUGAAAUCACAGUGGGACCCAAGCAGACCAUGGGGAAGACAAUAGAGGGUGUGACUGUCACCAGCCAGAUGCCCAAAGGAGUCCUGAAUAUGAGCCUCACACCAUCCCAGGGCACGCACACGUUUGACCCCGUGACUAAGAUGCUGUCUUGGGACGUAGGGAAAAUAAACCCACAGAAGCUGCCAAGUUUGAAGGGGACAAUGAGUCUCCAGGUUGGAGCUUCUAAGCCAGACGAGAACCCCACAAUUAACCUGCAGUUUAAGAUCCAGCAGCUGGCUAUUUCUGGACUCAAAGUGAACCGCCUGGAUAUGUAUGGAGAAAAGUACAAGCCCUUUAAGGGCAUAAAAUACAUGACCAAAGCUGGGAAGUUCCAAGUUCGAACCUGAAGGGACGGACGUCUUGCUGAGGGAGCCGUCAUGAACACUUUUUCAUUUCUUACUUGUCUCAAAGUAAAAUGUCAGCCUGUCUCUUAGGUCAGUUCCCUCCAGGCUCCAUCUACUCCCUUUGUCCUCUGUCUUCAGUGCCAUGUAACUGAUCAAGGGAGCAAAGGUUCAUCAGGGAAAACGUGGCCAAGCCCAGCGUGGCACUGACUGAGUUCUAGAGAAGUGUGCUGGAGAGCAGCGACACAUAUUACUGUUUUCACAACUUUUGACGUGGUUGCUGUAGGAAAAGACCACAUUUGCUGUUUGUUUGGUUUUAAUUAUCUAGAUCCGAUGGAAGAUGUCUCUGAUUUUUUUUUUUUUUUUUUAAGAUAGAAAGACUUGAAAGAAAAAAAGAUUAGAAGAAAAAUUAGUGCUAGUCCAAGAAAGAGCACUUGCAGAUUUGAUCCGUGGGUCUGGGAUGUGACUCAGUGGUGGAGUGCUGACCUAGGCCUCGGGCAAGCCCUGGUUUAUCCCUAGCACCACUCACAGUGCAAAACUGAUCCACUCUACUUGGGACAAGACAGAGGAGCUAGAUUGAAGAGCGUUGUGAAGACAGAUGCCACAGGAAGGACUAGAGAAGUGUCUCCACAGGGGCUAGGAAGAAGAGUGGAGGGCUUUCUUUCUGACCCUUCUGUGCACAGAAAGGAUUUGCAUGUCCAGGACUUUGAAAGUUCAGGUCCACAGUGAAAUCACUGUCAUGUGAAACCAUAGUGGAAUCAGUUUCCCUGGAGACGAGGGUGC